AUGUUGGAUAAAAUCAAAUGCUCAACAGAAACAGCCUUGGCAAAGGUAAUCUUCGAAUUGGAUCAAUUGUCUGCAAGCCAAAGGCGUUGUCGCUCAAGUUGGACAAUCUUCAAUGUUGGGACAUUGCAACAAUGCAGGCAACAAAUACAGCAAGGACUGGGGGAUUUCGGUGUUCAAACGGCCAGUGUACAAGUCCGAGAAAUCCACUUCCACAAUAGUGUCCUUGUGUUUGGCAAGCGCCUUGCUCAAGGCUUCAGAAGCUUCAAUACCAAUGGUGUUUCCGCUAAAGUCAACUUUGGUGACUUUUUCUUUGGCCAAAAAAUCCUUGAGGUAGGGCUCAAUGUCGGCUGCGGAAUCGAACUUGACUUGCUUUCCAGCAAUGGAAUACGUGGUUUCGGGAGUUACCCCGACAUCGACAUUGACAGACGCCAUUAUGGAGCAUUUGCAAGAGAGAGAAGGAAUUUUAUGGCUGCGACUAUGUGCAGGUCACCAACCUCUGGUGUUGGAGGGCCAUGA